AUGAUGUCUCUUCGCACUCUUACUCGCUCCGCCCCCCGCUCCAUUGCGCGUUCUCUCGCAGUUUCCACCCGCGCAACUGUCUCCAGACCUGUUGCCGCUGUUUCUCAGAAUGCUUUCACCUUGAAGCAGAUCACCAAGCCUGCCUAUGCUGCUUUUUCGACCUCCCGGGCUUUCAAGCAGGCCCCCGGCGAGGGUGACGUCGAGCUUGUUGCCAAGCUUGAGGAUGAGCUCAAGCACGAGAAGGCCUCCGGCCUUGAGGACCUGGAUGGCUCCGUUCAGAACAUUCAGUAUGUUCUGCAAAACAACUCUUGGGAGGUCAAGGAUAUUCCCGGCGAGCAGGAAGUCACUUUGACCAAGAAGUUCGGCAAGGAAGAGAUCCGCCUUACUUUCACCGUUGCAGACCUCGAAAACCUGAGCGAGCAGGAGGAUUUCUCCGCUGAUGGUCUGAUGGACGCCAACGACUUCGGAAGCCACCAGCCUGCUAACCAAGGUCGCGCAGGCAUCUCCCAGCUUCCCGAGGACCGUAUCGCUCCCUCCGACCGCGACGAGGUCGGCAUCGACGACCUUGAGCCCGGCUUCCCCGCUCGUGUCAACAUCACCAUUGAGAAGCCAGGCAGCGGCGCUCUCCUGAUCCAGACCAUGUGCACCGAUGGCGUGUUCCAGGUUGAGGAGGUCUCCUACUUCAACAAGCCCGAUCUGGCUCUUGCCCAGACCGCCGAGAAGGACUGGGCCAGACAGAGCCUGUACGCCGGUCCUCCUUUCGAGAACCUCGACGAGGAGCUUCAGAACUUCAUUGACCGCUACCUUGACGUGAGAGGCAUCAACGCCGAGCUUGCCACCAUGAUCCCCGACUACAUCCAGGUCAAGGAGCAGAAGGAGUACGUCCGCUGGCUCGAGAAUGUCAAGAACUUCGUUUCUGCUUAGAUCAGGCGGACACGGACGUUCUUCUUCCCGAUUCCUGCACAGCAUGCUAUUGAAUGAUGCGUUUUGAGUUUCGCAACUAUAUCAUCUGUCACUCCUGUCUUCUCCAAAGCAGGCUUUAUGGUCAAUAAUGAGGUAGUGCUGUUCGUCUGACAGUCCUACAAUGUAACAACAUAGAAUCGAAUUUCACAAAAAAAUGUAAUUUUGACUGG